AUGCCGUCGUCGACGAUCCGAAGCAUCUCCAUCACGGUCUCCGACGACGACGGUGCUGCGGCGGCACCGACACGGAGACCGCGCGCUGUAAGGCGGAAGGCGGCAGCGCGUAGCUUGGGGCAGCGAGCGGUGCGGCUGGUGGCGCGGUGGUGGCCUGUUCUCCUGCUCCUCCCGGCCGUCGCGCUCCUCCUCUUCGAGGCCUCGCGGCUCCGCGCCUCGUCCCAGGGCCCCGCCCACCGGUCUCCAGCCUCGGACGGCUCGACCCGACCACACACCUCGUCCAUGGCGUGCGCGAGCCUCCUUAGCCCCAAAAGUUUGGGGAAUUUGGCAUUCCCGGAGGGCACAAGACUCGGUUCUGUGGUGAACAGAAUCACUUACAAAUCUGAUGACAAUGACUAUGACACGUACCACUCCAAAGCAAACUCUACAUAUUUACUGCAACAUGCGGAAGCAACAAGGUUUAACCUGUUUACAGGAUUUCAGACACUUGCUGAAAGAGAAGAUAGCUUCAAGGUUGUGAAUGAGACUGUUAGUGUGCACUGUGGUUUCUACAGCGACAAUGGUGGCUUCAAAAUGUCUGAGGAGGACAGGAGAUACAUUAGAGCUUGUAAAGUUGUUGUGUCUACCUGUGCAUUUGGUGGUGGGGAUGAUCUAUAUCAACCUAUUGGAAUGGCCAAUUCUUCUAUUGGCAGGGUUUGCUAUGUGGCUUUCUGGGAUGAAGUGACACUAUCAACUCAGGAAGCUGAAGGAAAGGUAAUUGGUGAUGAUGGCAUGAUAGGAAGGUGGCGGAUCAUUGUUGUCAGGAGCCUCCCUUUUGUAGAUCAACGAUUAAAUGGGAAGAUACCAAAGAUGUUGACUCAUCGGCUUUUCCCGGAGGCAAGGUACUCCAUAUGGGUUGACUCUAAAUACCAAUUUCGAAGGGAUCCGAUAGGAGUGCUUGAAGCUCUUCUUUGGAGGACAAACUCUACAUUUGCUAUCUCUGAACAUGGAGCACGGAGUAACAUAUAUGAUGAGGGGAAAGCUAUUAUUCAAAAGCACAAGGCUACUCCUGAAGAGGUAGAGGUACAAUUAACUCAGUAUCGUCAAGAUGGGAUGCCGGACACAAAAAGAUUGCACGGACUGAAAGCUCUAGCUGAAGCCUCUGUUAUUGUGAGGGAACUCACCCCUGCACCGAACCAUUUCAUGUGUGCUUGGUUUAAUGAAGUGGUUCGCUUCACAUCUCGUGAUCAGCUCAGUUUCCCAUAUGUUUUGUGGCGACUAAACAUGCAUGGAAUGAGCAUGUUCCCUGUAUGCACUCGCAGGGACCUUGUGAAUAGUCUGGGUCACACAAGGAAAGUAAAACCUCUUGCACAGACAAAUCCAGAGUCUUCUACGCUGUAA